GCCGUACACGAUCGUCGACACGUGCGUUUCUGCGGUUUCCGCUAAUAGGCAUAUUUUUUAAGUGAAAUUAAAGUAUGCUAGUAACUAUUUCAGGCGGAAAGUGAAAAUGGUUAAAAAAUCGUCAAAUUUUAGGACUAAGUCCAGAAAAAUUACACUAACUGGUGCUAAAACACUCCCGGAUGCCUCGUGGAAACAGGUAAAGCUUAGCGGGCCAGUGAUCUCAGACGAUGGAGGCGACCUGGCCGGGUUGAUUGGUUUGGAAAUUCUAGAAAGUUACGACCGAUCGCUAGUCAAAAAAGAUAAGAAGAAAGUAAAGAACGACUCUGAUGAUGACAAAGGUGAACAGUCUAAGCAAAAAUCCAAGCGAAAACGGAACAAUUCUGACAGUAGUAGCGACGAGGACACAAAAAUAUAUUCCAGGAAUGAGAGACGCGGAAAAAAUGGGCAUCAAGUGAGCACAGUACCUAGUGAUUCGGACGAAGAUUCCGACUUUGAUGAUAAACAUCGCAAACAAAAAUCAAAAAUCGAGCCGAAAAAAGCAAAACGAGCAGCUGUCGGCGAAGAGGAUGUAUCGUUUCCUGGUAAGUUUGUUCUGCUGAAGAAGCCAAUUGAUGUUACCAACAAAAGCCAAAAAACAAACAAGAAACGAAACAGUAAGAAAUCAAAUCGGAAAACCACUUCUGUGACAACUAUUGAUGCUAGUGCUUAUUCCGUAACGGAAUAUUUUCAAUGGACCGAGUUGGGUGUAUCGGAACCAAUUAUCCGCGCCCUGGCUGACAGAGGUUUUCGUAAUCCAACGGAAAUUCAAAAACUUUCCCUGCCGGCUGCCAUUAUGGGGAAUCGUGACCUACUCGGUGCAGCAGAAACGGGUAGCGGAAAAACUUUGGCAUUUGGUAUUCCACUUUUGGAGGGUAUCAUGAAGCUCAAAGAAACUGGGCAAACGUCUGCAAAAAUACCAGUGAAUAGGAAGGAACCAGAAGAUUCUCGCAAGGGACACGAAUUAACACCACCUCCGGAAGAGCUGGAAUAUUACCCGGAUCCAAUCGUUGCUGAGGCAGACGUUGGCAUGACGAAUGGCCUAGAGAAGGUACAGCAAAAUAAGCCUCUUUACGCGCUAAUAAUAACACCGACGCGUGAGCUGGCUGUCCAAAUUAAUGAUCAUUUAAAAGCGGUCGCCAAGUACACGGGAAUUCAAAUAGCCACCGUAUUCGGAGGACUGGCCACCGUCAAGCAGGAAAGAAUACUAAAGAAAUGUCCCGAGAUUGUUAUCGCCACCCCCGGUCGGCUUUGGGAACUUAUUCAGAGUGGAAAUCCACAUCUCGGUAAAGUAGGGGAAAUUCGUUUCUUAGUCAUCGAUGAAACGGACCGGAUGCUCGAAAAGGGUCACUUCGAUGAGCUUAAGCAACUGCUGGAAAUGAUCAAUCAAGACGAGGAAACUACCAAACUUAGGAGAAAUUUCGUCUUUUCUGCUACGCUUACGAUAGAUCACGAUUUGCCAGAGAAGCUACGGUUAAAGUCUAAAAACAAAAAUCUUCAAAUCACCAAGGAAACUCCUGGCCAGCGGCUAAACAAUCUGAUCCAAAUAAUCGGAAUGACCAACCCGAAAGUAGUGGACAUCACUCAGCAACACGGAACGGCUUACAGUCUUAUCGAAUCGCGAAUCCUUUGCAAGGCGGAGCACAAAGAUUACCACUUAUUCUACUUCCUCCGACGUCACCCAGGACGUACGCUUGUCUUCUGUAACUCGAUCGAAUGUGUUAAACGACUUGUUUCGCUGUUUGGUUAUCUGAACUGCGAUCCGCUCAGCUUGUUUGGAAGCAUGCAACAACGUCAACGAUUGAAAAAUCUUGAACGUUUCACCCAGAAUCCAACUGCUUUGCUGAUUGCGACCGAUGUUGCGGCUCGUGGUUUGGAUAUUCCCAACGUGGAUCACGUUAUUCACUAUCAGGUUCCAAAAACGACGGAAAACUAUGUGCACCGUUCCGGCAGGACGGCUCGCGCCAGUAAGGAGGGCAUCACUGUGUUGUUAAUUGGAGCGGAUGAAGUGAAGGAUUACGUCAAGUUGAACCAGAAUCUUGGCAGGACCGAAGAUUUACCCAUGUAUCCAAUGUCCGAACGGAUGAUGAAGCAGAUUAAGGAGCGUGUUAAUCUGGCACGAGAUAUAGAGCGCAUGGAUUUGCAUCAGAGACGAAAUAAUGAAACGCAAAGCUGGGAAGAGAAGGUAGCGAAAGAAUUCAUGAGUGAUUCGGAUUUAGACAGUGAACAAGAGGAAGAACGGAAAUUGGCAAAAAGUAAGGAAAAACGACAGAUGAAGGCGAGGCGUUUAGAGCUAAGUAGACUGCUUGCCACGCCGAUCAUAAUGGAUCGGGUGAUGAUGAAAUUUCCCACUUCUUCUAUGACAGAUAGUUUCCCAUCCCAAAAGGAACAGUCUGCUAUCAAUUUAGUUCGACAAGUAGCCGAAGAAAAUAUUCAGCUAAAAAAACAGCGAAACAAGAAACGGAAGAGAAAUGAUUAAUCAAUACUUAUGAAAAUGUAUCCUUAGAUUAUAUUUUGUAAAACAACGUAA